UAUUUAAUUUUUGUUUUUUGUUUUGAUUUAUAAUUUAUCACUCAUUCCCGUUUCGGUCUUUGUUUAUCAUUCGCAUAUCCUCUAGGAGCUUUUGUUUGGCGUCAGUCGAAUUGUUUUAAACUAUUGGAAAUUUUAAAAAACUAGCAGGACAAUCAUGGAUGAAAGUGAAAAUUCUAUGGAUAAACAAAUUGAUGACAACGAUGGCACCAAACCUGAGAAAAUGUUUACGCUGAAAAAGUGGAAUGCCGUGGCUAUGUGGAGCUGGGAUGUCGAAUGUGAUAUUUGUGCUAUUUGUCGUGUCCAAGUCAUGGAUGCCUGCUUGCGUUGUCAAGCUGAAAAUAAACGUGAUGUCAUGGGUCGCCAGGAUUGCGUUGUUGUCUGGGGUGAAUGCAAUCAUUCCUUCCACCACUGUUGCAUGUCACUGUGGGUGAAGCAAAACAAUCGUUGUCCCCUAUGCCAACAGGAAUGGUCCAUACAGCGUAUGGGCAAAUAGUUGCCAUUUCGUGGGAGUAAGCUUAAAAAAAGGAAGAUCUUGCCUGCUCAGAGCAAACUCUUAACAUUUAGUAUAAAGCACGUAAUAUAAUUGAGAAAAAAAAUCAUAGAAAAUUUAAGAAAUUUAAUCUUUACGUUCUGGUCUCAUCUCAUUAAGAAAACAAUGAAUGAUUUUUAUAAAGUAUCAACAACAACCGUGAAUGAAUCUGAAAUAAAUAUUGGAAUUUAA